GAACGAGGCGAGCACGACACAGCGCUCGUGAUACAGCGCGUCGGCGGCGGAGCGGCGCGAGAUGUGGGUGUGUUUUAUUGGAGCUGCUCGCGUGAAGCGCAGGUACCGGAGGAGCGCGUGAAGGAUACACACGGGGUCUUCAGGGUCUUCAGUUUUGAGCAUGUGGCCUGGUGUCCUCUGGAGAUCUGAAGAGCACUGAUCCGCUCCGCAGAGGGUUCGUUCGGCAGGAGGAGACCCCAGCUCUGCAAGAAUUGGCAUUCGCUUAGUGGGACCAGCUGUCUGUGGAAAUUCAACUUUCUUUCUGAGAGAGAAGCUCUUGCAGCCCGUCAAGAGGUGCUUUGAUACCUCAGCGUUUGUGACACACUGCACCCUACAAAUCGAGGAAAUGCACUUCCUGGAAUCGGCCAUGUCGUUGGGAGGAACUUUUUUUUUCCUCAGUUAAAGGUGAAAUCCACUCGAUUUGAUUCUGUGAAAUAAAUAUGAUUUUAAGGCAUGCUGUUUUGAGACUUAAUGACUGAACUGUCAUCUUACAUGGUGUAAGAUUAGAGCUGAAAGAAAAACUGAACAGAAAGGGCUUCGCGACGACUUUUCAAUCUUCUCAGUUGGAUUGUGGAGGGCCAGAGCUUUAUCAAGGACAUAGUCAUGGUGAUGUCUCAGGGUACCUACACUUUCCUGGCAUGCUUCGCCGGAUUCUGGCUGGUCUGGGCACUUAUUGUAAUGGUAUGCUGCUUCUGUAGCUUUGUGCAGCGCAAGCUCAAGCGCCGACGCGAGCAGAGGUUGCGGGAGCACUGUCUUCGGGCCCUGGAGAUGGAACCUCUAGAAUGUGCGGCAGCAGCAGGGUACCCCCCUGCCAGAGAGACCCCCCAGUUUUGUCCGGUACCUCAGAUGAUAUCUCCACAAGUGCCAAUCGCCCACACCAUUCCCCAGGCAAAUUGGACUCCACCACAAGUUCCUGCUGUCCCGGUUGACAGUGAACUUUGCGGGAAACCCCCUUGCUAUGAGGAAGCGGUUUUGAUGGAGGAUCCUCCACCCCCUUACAGCGAAGUUCUCGCAGAUCCCAGAGGAGGAACUUACACUAAACCUGCGCCACGCUGCUCCAGGGACCACCAGGAGUCAGAAACCAGGAAAAUGGCACCGCCAAUGACUGUGUUCCCUGAACGUGGAUACUCUUCUCUCAUCCGUCUGCCCUCCGCCAGACGCUGGGACUCCCUGGGACACCUGCUGUCCACCAUGGACCUCAACCACAACAACCUGCCAGCAGAGCCCCAGGCUUCGGCCAUCGCCACCAUGCCUCGCGAGGGCCGGACUCACACGGACCUGGGCCUGCGGAGCCUCAGGGGUUUGGAUCACAACUAUGGACUACCUACAGCCUUCCCCCUGCUUGGUCGGAGUACGGCGGUGUGAAGCUCUGGAUGUUUGGGCCACUGUAAAGCACUUUAUGAGGUAAAUUCUGAUCAUGGUGAGAUGUUACUGCUGUUCAGGAGACUCCUGUUGUUGAUCUGGUGAUGUUUUUCCUCUUUUUUCUUGGAGUUGAGAGACUAAAGGACCUUUAUGGGUGACUCAAAGUACUAUACGACUUUACCCCUUCAAUCUUGUAUCCAUAUGAGAAGAUUAUACAACAGAUGUAUCGCUCUCAUUCUCUCUCUCCUCCUCUCUCUCUCUCUCUCUCUCUCUCUCUCUCUCUCUCUUCUGCGCUCUGUGGCAUCCCUGCCAGAUGCAGAGCAGCAGCUAUUAUGUGAGUGUUGUUGCCAUGGCUCCCGGGAGCUGUCUGCAGCCCACCGAUGCCUAGCCCCUCACGGCCUCCUCUCUUCCUCUCUCUUCUUCUCAUCAGCCUCAGACUGAUAUUAUAUGAAUGGCAUUUGAAACCCUGUCUUUGUAAACUAGGUCUAGUAACAGGGCCACAACUAAAUAUCCAUGGUCUGUACUGUAGCCAUAUUAUAGCCUGAGUGCCAGAUUUUGCCAGUAUGGUGGGUUAUACCUUUUGCUUUACAGUCUGAGAACUACCUAAAGCAAUAGCUUGACAAAAACUUUCCACUUACUCAUUCCACUUAAUGCACUUAAUCAGUCAGGACAUGUUUCAUGAGUCCAAGUAAUAGUCCAAAUGAAUUCUGUGCUGCAGGUUCAAGGUCAACAUGGCCAACAAGCACAUUUUAUUUAAAUACAUGCCAAAACACUCUUUUAAUUACUCAAAUGGUCAAACUGUAUCCAGGUCCUCAUGUCAAUACUUCUCUAUGGGAACAAGCUGUGUUUGCGCAAUUGCACAUAAAUGUCAGCAAAGGGUGCAUUAAGUAGCUGAAUGCAUUCCUUAGAAGGGAUGUCCACAAUUAUUCGGACAUACUGUGUAUAGGGCCCUAUGAAAUUUGUUUUCUUUUUUGGGCAAAUUCUGUUUUUUUUUUUGUUUCGUUUUUCGGUUUUUAUCAUUUUUUGGUCACAUUUAGGAUUUUUUAGGGUUUUACUUGUGCUAUUAGGUGAUUUAGAAAAUGAUGCUAUUCAAUCACAUUCAUAAUCAAAUAUUUAAACUGUGCAAUGAAAUUAAAUCGUGAAGCAAAUGAAUAAAUGAAUAACUGGCAUAUCUCCCUAUAAUGAACAUCAGUCAGUAACCGAAAUUUAAUAUUAUUAAAUUACAUUAAAAUAUAAAAAUCACAGAACAAUUUAUAGAAGACAAUCAUACAGGCCAGAGGUUAUUUUCAGGAGAUUCUAGGCUACUCAAAUAUGUCUUAAAUAUUAACUACACUCAACAGAUAGUUUUACAUUAAAAGCUGAAACAUGUUGCUCUGUAAUAAUAACAUAUUUCAGCUCUGCUUAAAAUGCUUCACAAUGAAAUGCAGAUAUUAGCAGAUUAGCAGAAUUUAGAUAUUCAACCAUAUUUUGGUCAUACGUAUACUUAGUAAAGUCCAAAUAACAUAAAAAAAUUAUGUUUUUUUAUUAUUUUAGUGUACAUUUAUUAAUUUAAAUAUUGUUUCUUUUAAUUUGAAUUAUAAAUGUCGUAUUCGCCACCUGGCAGUGCUAGCUGUUUCCAAGCUGGAUUAAUGGCUAAUGUAUGCUAACAGAUGGAUGGUACUGUGCUGGUUAGAUUAAAAGGUUCUCUAGUUUGAUAUGAUAUGUGGAUUAUGGUUAUAGCUCACUUCAGUCUUUAGUUAAUAACCUAAAAAACACAGGAAUGCAGCUAGCAAUGCUAGCUAAUAGCACAACUCAGCAGUUAUGAAUGUUAGAACACCAGCAUCAGGCUACAGUGCCUGUGUAUCUCUGUGUUUAUAUCUGAGUUCCACUUUUAUCCAUCAAUUCCACACAGUUGUCAAGUAAUGAAGUACAAAUAGUUUGCUUCCCUAGUGCAGGACAGAGUAUGAUAUAUAUAU